CGUAACGUUUACUUUGAAGGAUGGUCACAAGAAGAAAUAUGGCUUUGCUGCUGGAGCAGCCGAGCAGAGCUUUUCCAGGCACGAUGUGUGUUUUUAUUUGCGUUUUAAUUGUGUCUUUGGUUUCACCCGCGGCGACACAAGUGCGGUCUGCAGUUCUUAACAAGCAAACCGGAAAACUGGAUCUGAAAGAAGGAUUUCAACCGGACUUCGUUGCAUUCGCGAACUUCACAGAUGACAUCCGUAACACCGGUUGGUCAUACCUAGAGGUUGUUACUAAUGGCAAGUACGAUGACACACUGCAAGCUUACGGUGCGGGAGCUGUGGAGGCUGCGGUCACUUCUCAGCUGAUCUUUAAGCACUGGGUGAACACAGUGAUGGGAUACUGUCGCCCGUUUAAGGACGAUGCAACCUACUGUCGCCGCCUGAAAGAAUAUAUUACCAACAAUCUGCAAUGGGUGGUACAGCAAAUUGAGAAGAACCCAGACUCGUCAUACUGGUAUCAGGUCCACUUGUCUCUGCUGCAGCUGCAAGGUUUAGAAGACGGCUACAGCGGGCAGGUGACUUUUCCUGGGAGGCUCUCAUUUGACCCCUUUCUACUUAUCCAGAUGGCUGGAGACUUGGAGGAUUUGGAGCCUGCCUUUAACAAAUCCAGCCAAUCACGUGCAAUGGGCUCUGGCUCUUGCUCUGCUCUAAUCAAGCUCUUGCCAGGAAACAAAGAGCUGCUUGUGUCACAUGACACAUGGAACAACUAUCAGUCCAUGCUGAGGAUCAUGAAGAAGUAUAACUUUUCAUUCCGCAUGUCUCCGAAAGAUAAGGCAUUGAUUCCUGGAGGCACUCAAGCUUUUUCCUCUUACCCCGGCUCCAUCUUUUCAGGAGAUGACUUCUACAUCCUCAGCAGUGGUCUGGUUACCUUGGAAACCACCAUUGGUAACAGUAACCCUGACUUGUGGAAGUUUGUAACGCCUCAGAGUUCGGUCAUGGAGUGGCUAAGAAACAUAGUGGCCAACAGGCUUGCUCAAACAGGCAAAGAGUGGGCAGACAUUUUCAGCCAAUACAACAGUGGAACGUACAACAACCAGUGGAUGAUAGUUGACUAUAAGAAUUUCAUUCCAGGGAGUCCCAGUAUUGAGGAAGGAUUAUUUACUGUGCUUGAGCAAAUACCAGGGAUGAUCCAUAUUGCAGAUAAAACUCAGGAGCUCUAUAAGACUGGCUACUGGGCCAGCUACAAUAUCCCGUAUUUUGAGGAGGUGUUUAAUGCAAGUGGUUAUGCAGAUCUGGUGAAGAAGUAUGGCUCCUGGUUCUCCUACAGUGAGAAUCCGAGGGCUCAGAUAUUCCGUCGGAACCAAACCCUCGUCACUGAUAUGGAAUCCAUGGUACGAUUGAUGAGAUAUAACAACUUUAAGAAUGAUCCCUUAUCAGUAUGUGAGGGCUGUGAUCCCCCUCAUAACGGUGAGAAUACAAUCUCUGCCCGGUCCGAUCUGAACCCAGCGAAUGGCACGUACCCUUUUGAAGCUCUGGGUCAGAGACCUCAUGGUGGAACUGACAUGAAGGUGACCUCCUAUGGCUUGUUCAAGCAAUACGAGUUGCUGGCAGUCAGUGGGCCUACGUGGGACGAGGUGCCUGUGUUUGAAUGGAGCACAUCUCCUUACAGAGACUUGUUACACAUAGGUCAUCCAGACCGCUGGGACUUCCCCACUGUGCAUGUCAGAUGGUCAAAAUAAAUCUUCAGGUACACACAGAGUCACCAGUUUAUUAGGUACAUAUCAACUUAUUGGGCACUCAUUGUCCAUUUUUAGGUGAACUUGGUAAGUUUACAUCUACUGACUACAGUCCAUCAGUUGCUGCACAGUUUAUCCGCCCCCCGCAACGUCAUCCGUUAACGGAAAAGGACUACCACAAGACCACCCCAGACCCUGAUGUUAUUUAGGGAGUUGCUGGGGUUCUCCACACUGAUGGGCUAGUUAAUAGACACAUCCACCUUGCUGUUACGCUUUGCUGGUGUAGUUAGAGAAUAUAAUUAAUCUUUUCAUGCACUUUUUAUGUGGGGGACGGGGAAACAACAACACUGUUGUGCCUUAUACACUCAUACUAGCCCACUCAUGCUUCCAUGCCUGGUCUGCAGUGGUGGUGUGAUGGUCUCUUUCCACUGAUGCAUGAGGUGAUGGGUGGCUGAUAAAUUGUACAGAAACAGAUGGGCUACAGUCCUUAACUGUAAACCUACAAACCUAUAUGGUGGGUGUUUCUGAUGAAAUGCCAAAUAAGUGUAGGUACAAGAUAGAUGGAGCUAAUAAACUGGCAACUUGGUGUAAGUGCUCCACGAAAUGCAAUAGAAUAGGACUCUAAAAAAAAAAAAAUCACUAUACAACGGGUAUAACUUGCAUUAAUCAGUUUACAUAAAAGCUGUAAAGAUUUUAAUUGUUUUUUUUUUUUUAAACAUAUGAAUUCAAAGAUCAAUUUCUUGGAGAGCUAUUUUUUUGUUUUGUUUUUUUUAUUUGUAUCUUGGUGUUUUUUAAGAUUUAAAGGGAAAAGUUGAUUUGCACAAAGUGAUUCAUGCAGGGCCCUGUAUGUAUGUAUGUAUGCAGUGUGUAAAAUUGUUUUUUUUAUGAUUUUAGGAAUGAAUCUGUGAACUUGAUUUGGAAAAUAACAGUUUGCACAUUUGCACAUAUGGUAGUUUUCUUGGUAAAUUUCAAAAUACAUGUUUUGUUUUCAAUUGUGUUUCAUUUUGUUGCAACUGAGCUUAAUUUUGCUAAUAAAAUGUGUUAUUUUCAACAAACAUACA